AUGAAGCGUAAGACGGAUGACCAUAGUGGUAACCCCCGGAAAAGCAAGUUGCCACCCAGUCUGCGAGAUAAAGUGGAGGCUGCAAAACAAAAACUAAACGGAACUCCCACAGGUAAGACAGUUGAAAAAACUGCUCUCAAUGUGGAAUUACACCCGCUGUUAAAGCAAAAUGUUACCAGCUCAAUCAUCCCUAAAGAUUAUAAUCCCGUGCUACACACAAAGGUCAGACCUGGUUUUUCUGCUUCUCAGCUAAAUCCUUAUUUAGAUCAAACGACGUUAAGCAAACCAACAAGACCCUAUAGACCAUUGAAAUUUGUGGAGAAAGGAACUUAUGUGAAAAAAGCUGAGGAACAACGAGAAAGACUUAAAAAGCAACAAGAAGAGCAGCAAUUGAGAUCCGAAAAAGAAUCGCUUGGUCUUGAACCAGAUGAAGCACUCGGUGAACAAUACUAUAAACCCAUCCUACCUCCUUCGAUUGAACCUUGGGAUAAGCCACUGUUGAAAGGAAACUCAUAUGAUAACUUAGAUGACGUUACAUUCCUUGACUCAGAGGACGAAGAUAAUCCAAUCACCAUAUAUAUUCAACAUCCAGUUCCAAUACCGUGCCCAUGGGAAAAGAAUGAACCGGCCCCGCCUUCCUUAUACUUGACAAAGGAGGAACAAAAACGUCUUCGACGUAACGAACGAGCAAUCAAGCACAAAGAAAUACAGGAUCGGAUCAAACUAGGGCUAGAUCCAGCUCCUCCUCCGAAAGUCAAACUUAAGAAUUUGAUGAACGUGCUUACGAAUGAUGCAAUCAAAGAUCCUACCGCUCUAGAAGCAAAGGUACGAGCAGAGGUGGAGGAAAGAAAGUUGAAACACGAAAUGACUAAUGAAGAGCGCAAGUUGACUCCGGAACAAAAAGCUGUAAAGAGGGAAUUGAAGAAGAUGAAGGAAUUAGACCGGGGUAUAUAUUGUGCUGUUUUCAAGAUCGACAGAUUAGUCAACCCAAAGCAUAUCUAUAAAGUUGACAUUAAUGCGAAACAGAACUCGCUGGUGGGGUCGAUUGUAAGUGUUAAAGAUACAUUUUCGUUAAUUGUGGUUGAAGGAGGUGAAAAAAGUAUUAGAAAAUACAAGAAUUUGCUAUUGAAUAGGAUCAAUUGGACUGAGAACGAACACAAGAAAAAGCCAGAGGGCGAAGAGAAAACGGAUCAAGAAGAACCAAUUUUGGAGGACCUUUCAAGCAAUCAAUGUUUUCUACUUUGGGAAGGGCCAAUUGCUGAUUUUCGUUUCCGAGGCUGGUCCAACAAGCAAUUUGAAGACGAGCUGGAAGCUCUAAACUUUUUGGGCUUUCAUCAAGCUGAAAUGUAUUGGAGAGAAGCCAAAGUUACCUUCUCCCAAUAA